AUGGCAACGGACGGGAACGGUGCUACCACCUCAACCGCGCAAGAAUUCCCUCUCCGUCGAAGAUCAAAACCGCCGCUUAAACCCGACGAGCCGGGGGAGGGGAGCGGGUCGAGGACGCCGCCUCCUGGGGAUGAGGAUGCUGAGGUGCAGGGGGUGGUUGAUGAGGGAGGGAAAGAAAGAAAAAGGGGGGGCGGGUUGUGGGAAAGGUUUAGGGAGUGGGGGAGGAGGUUGAGGUUGAUUUGUGGGAGGAGGGGGGGGAGGGGAAGGAGGAAAAGGGUUGAUAAAGGGAAGGGGAGGAUGGUGGCGACAGAGGGUGAGGGGGAUCAAGAGGGGGAUGGGGUGGUGGUGGUGGGGGGGGGGCGGGAGAAAGAAGGAGAGGAAGAGGAAGAGGAAGAGGAAGAGGAAGAGGAAGAGCAAGAGGAAGAGGAAGAGGAAGAGGAAGAGGAAGAGGAAGAGGAAGAGGAAGAGCAAGAGGAAGGGAUGUAUAACAUGUUGCCGCGGCCGCUGUCGUCGAAUUCGGUGAGCGGGUUGGGUGAGACGCACCCUGCUCUGAGGUCGGGGGUGCCGGGGGAGGGGGUUGACUUUUUUGAUAACCCUCCUCCGAAUACACAGGAUCAACAGCUGGCGACGGUGAGAGAGGUGAUGGGGUCAGGGCCGAGGAGGUUUGCUCCGGCUCCUGUUGUUAUGAUGACGACGACGACGACGCCUGCUUUACCGCGACUACAUGAUCCCUCCUCCUCUAUCUCGAAACACGGUGGGUUUGAUCAUCACCGACAACAACACCAACACCAACCGGUAAUCAUCCACUCGCCGCACCCCAUCGCCGACACGUAUACCCACGAGGAGGAUUGGGCGCGUGUUCACCAGGCCAAGGCGAGUCAGCAUCUUGCUCCACGACCUUUGUUGUCACAGCAUCAGCAGCAAACAAUCAUGAUACCGGAACGGCACUCGAGCAAGUGGAGAGCGAGGAGUUUUUACUCUGGUAGCUUCAGGACCCGAUCGCAGUGCGGGAGCUUUGACAGCAGGAUGAGCUGGAACCCGUUUGAUUUGCCGGGGCCGCCGAAGAGGACGCUGAUGAGCGAUAUGGAGAGUUUGUUGGGCGGGAGGGGGAGGGGUGUUGGGGGGGGGAGGUCGCAGGGGAGUAGUAAUAUGGGGCAGAGGCAGGGGGGCGGUAGUUUUCCUUGGCCACAGACCAAUUCGGUGAAGACGGGGAGGAGCAGUACGAUUGAGCAGCCUGAUUCGGCGGUUGGUGGGGUGGGGUUGAGGGGAGAUGAUGAGGAUGGGUUUAUGCGCGGUGAUGUUGCGAACAAGACUGUUGUCUCGUCUCACACCCCAACUCCGAUGUCUGUUCGGAGUCCCCCGACGGCGACAAAGACUAUGCUCGGGAGGGAUCCGUCAAGGAAAACGGAUGGGUCUAAUACUGGGAUGACGUCGUGGAGUGGGACGGGGAGCGAGAUGGUGAAUGACGCGGUGCUUGGUGGACUAGGGGAGCAGAGGAGAAAGAGUGGUGGGGCGGGGAGGCGAGACGGGGACGAGGAGGAAGUCGAGAGGACGGGAGUGAAGGAUGGGGUGGAGACUUCUACUGGCGAGGCCGGGAUUGAGGGGAGGAGGCCGGGGAGGGGGAGGAAGGUUUGUUAG